AUGGACGGCGGAGACAAUAUUGUAGACACAUUCUGGCAAAACCUCAAUUUUGCCCGCGAAGCGCUCUUCUCCCAGCAGACCCUCGCCCUCGUGAACCAGCACGUGCUCAGCCCCUCGUCGCCGCUGCACACGCUGCGGCGGCAGUUCCUGGACCUGCUGUCGACGCUGUACAACGACAUCAUGUCCCCCGUGCUGCAGCCGGUGCUGGACCGCGCGAUGCAGGCGUUCAUGAACUCGCCCGACGUGGUGGUGCUGGCCGUGGUGGUGGUGCUGUUGCUCGUCGCGGUGCAGGUGCUGCUGUGGGUGCGCCGCGUCGUCGCCUGGUUCACGGCGCUGGUGCUCCGCCUCGUCUUCUGGUCCUUCGUCGCCGGCCUCGCCGCCGUCGUGUGGCAGCGCGGGCUCGACCAGGCCGUCAGGGACCUGGUGGCCUUUGUCGGGGCGGUCAUGGGCUAUGCGGAGCUGAUCUACCGGUAUACGAGCGAGGUCUGGCUCAGAGAGUACGAGCGGUACGAGGCGCAGCAGAACCUGGUGAAAAAUAGGGCUGGGUAG